GAAACCAGAAAAGAUAAAGGGGCAUGUGAAAGCCUUGUUGAGCAGUCACUCCUGAGAGAACAGACCUCAGCGGACAGACAGAGAGACAGACGUCAGUGCAGUACAGUGUGAGAAAAACUGACAAGAUGUGUUGCUCCGGUUUUCUUAAAAUGAUGAUGUUCAUCUUUAAUGGUGCCAUCUUUGCAGCAGGUGCUGCUAUUUUAGGGGUUGGGAUAUGGGUGAAGGUGGACAGCAAUUCCCUGCUGGGUAUACUGGACAGUGUGGAAGGCGCUCCAUCGGAGUUGUCUCAGCUUGUUUACGUCAGCUACCUGCUCAUUGGGGUGGGUGCUGUACUGCUGAUUAUUGGCUUCCUGGGCUGUUGUGGAGCCAUGAGAGAGAGCAAGUGUAUGCUUCUGACGUUCUUCAGCAUCGUGCUGAUUAUUUUCCUCAUCGAGGUCGCAGGAGCCAUAGUGCUGCUGGUCUUCAAGGAUUUUGCCUACACAGUGCUUGAGAGUUUGGAGAAUGAAGUCAUAGACGACAUUAGAAAGAAUUAUGGAGACAGUGAGGGUGUGACAUCUAUCUGGAACUCCACUAUGGACCUGUUCAAGUGCUGUGGAUACAGGAACUACACCGAUUUCGAAGGCUCUCCUUUUUACGUUGCGCAUGGAAGCAAUGUUUAUCCAUCCACAUGCUGCAACGCCACCAUCACGGAUGGUGCUUGCAAUACAAACGAAGCACAUCUUUCGAAUAUUGAUGGCUGCUUUCACAAGCUGUUGCAGCUGAUAGAGGACAAUGCAGUCAUCGUUGCAGCUGUGGCUCUAGGAAUUGCUGCUCUUGAGAUUGCUGCCAUGGUGGUUUCGAUGGUCCUCUACAACAACAUUGGCAAUAAGGCAUAGUGUUUCCUGAUAACAGAACAUCAUUGUAAUUGGUGGAGAAAUUAGACAUGGAAGCAACUUUUGAUAUACAAACCUUUUUUUUCCUGAUUCAGAACUGACAGUUUAAAGUCAUUUAAUGUUCUACCUGCAUUUAUUGGCCUGUAGAGCAUUAAGAUCAAACAUGGAGAGGGUGUAAAUGAAGCGGAAGUUUUCUUAGUUUUAAGACUGUAUAUGUUAACAUUUAUAUGUGAUUUAUUUAUCUUAAUAGAGCUGCUGUAAACUGUCAUUGUGCUGAUACAUGAAGCCAUGUGUAAUGAUGUACAGGGCAGAAAGGGACUAUGUCGGUUGUUUAUAUUUCUUGUAUUCACUGCCUUAAGUUAAUGCAUUUAUUUUUUAUAUUUGAUCAAAUAUUAGUAAUAAAUAUCCCAAUCUUAA